AUGAAUAUUGACUCAUAUACUAACAAAGAAAUAGUACAUAAACAAGUAUAUUACGGACAUCCAGGUUUAAAUGGAGAAUCAAGUGAUGAUCAUUUAACUCCAAUACAGAUAUCAUUUCCAACAACAGAAGUAAUAGGACAUGGUUCCUUUGGUGUUGUUUUUACAACAACAAUACAAGAAACUAAUGAAUUAGUUGCAAUUAAAAAGGUUUUACAAGAUAAAAGAUUUAAAAAUAGAGAAUUGGAAAUAAUGAAAUUAUUAAAACAUCCAAACAUAAUUGAUUUAAAAUAUUUUUUUUAUGAAAAAGAUGAACAAAAUGAAGUUUAUUUAAAUUUGAUUUUAGAAUGUAUGCCACAAUCAUUAUAUCAAAGAUUACGUCAUUUUGUACAUCAAAGAGCAUCAAUGCCAAGAUUAGAAAUUAAAUUUUACAUGUAUCAAUUAUUUAAAUCAUUAAAUUAUCUUCAUGAACAUGCUCAUGUUUGUCAUAGAGAUAUUAAACCACAAAAUUUAUUAGUAGAUCCAAAUACUUUAUGUUUAAAACUAUGUGAUUUUGGUAGUGCAAAACAAUUGAAACCAAGUGAACCAAAUGUUUCAUAUAUUUGUUCAAGAUAUUAUAGAGCGCCUGAAUUAAUAUUUGGUGCAACAAAUUAUACUAAUCAAAUUGAUAUUUGGUCAAGUGGUUGCGUUAUGGCAGAAUUAUUAUUAGGUCAACCAAUGUUCCCAGGUGAGAGUGGUAUUGAUCAAUUAGUUGAAAUUAUCAAAAUUUUAGGUACACCAUCAAAGGAUGAAAUUUCAACAAUGAAUCCAAAUUAUAUGGAACAUAAAUUUCCACAAAUUAAGCCAAUACCAUUAAAUAGAGUCUUUAAAAAAGAAGACGAUUUAACUGUUGAUUUCUUAGAUAAUACAUUAAAAUAUAGUCCAUUAGAAAGAUUUACUGCAUUAGAUUGUUUGUUACAUCCUUAUUAUGAUGAAAUUAGAAUAUCAACGGAUUCACAAGUUCAACAAUAUGUUAAAAAUUUAGAUUUACUUAAAUUCGAUCAAGAUAUUGAACAAUCUCAUUUCCCAAGUGAUAAAAUUGAUGAUAUUAGAAAGAAAUUAUGUAUUGAAUAA